GCGAGUUCAGUUGGCGCCUGGUCCUCCUAGUCGACGGACGUGCUGUUGCUUGGCUCUUUCUAUUUCUCUCUAUACUCCCCUCGUCUUUUUGAAAUUUGCAUUGGCAGAGUUUUUGGAUUGUUUUUCUUUCCCAAAACGAGAAGAACACGCUCGUGUGUGUGUGUGUAGAGUGUUGUGCAAUUUUGUUGGUCGUCUUAGAGUUACAAGUGUGCUGCCAGCCAUUUCUGUAAGACGAGAGUCCGUGUGUGUGUGUGUGUUUUUAGGGAGACUGACUGGCCAGUGCGGUUUCAUAAUCAAGUUGACGGUGACGGAUUUCCUCGCCAGUGUUUUUAUUUUUCUUUCUUUUAUUCUUCGGAAACCAUCAGCAAUGCCACUAGACAAAGAGUGAUCGUCUACAAUCGAAAUUUCUGUCGGUGCUGGCAACUGGAGAGAGAGAGAAAACCCCCCUAGAGAAUGUUUAGCCGAACUGUGGACCACCUCCUGCUGUUGCUGACCCUCCACGUGGCCGGGACCCUCUCCGAUUCCGGUCUAAAAGGUCCGCCUCACAUUUCUGGGUCGGUGACGUCGAAGCAAACGUUCCGAUUGGGCGAGACUGUCAAAUUGGAUUGCCCCAUCCGGGGGACGCCGACGCCCAUCGUCGAGUGGUACAAGGAUGGCGACAGCGUGACGGCCGGCUGGGAGCGCUUUAAAUCGACCAGCCACGGCCUGCGGAUCAAAGAAGUCAUCCUGGACGAUUCGGGAGAAUACACCUGUAAAGGUGUCAACGGUUUCGGCUCGGAGCAGGUCACCUUUGAAAUCGUCAUUGUCGAUCCAAACGCCAAAGUGACUGAUCCUCCGCCAUCGGACACCAUUUUCGGGCCGGAAGACACCGAGACGGACUUGGUGACGUGGAGGAAAAUCGUGCGGCCCGGCUCCGGAUUGGCUCCGCUCCUCGUCGAGACCAGUCAAAUGCCGGCCGGAAGGAUCUGGCAGCUGCCCGUCGAUUCAACUCUCCGACUCAAAUGUCUCGCUCAAGGAGAGCCCGAACCUCAUCUCAUUUGGCUCAAGGACGGCAAGGAGAUUGGAGAGGAUCGUCGUGUCGGUCGCUGGGAGUUGCAAGUCUCGCGACUGAAUGUCGACGAUUCGGGAACCUAUUCGUGCCGGGCCGUCAACCCCUACGGAUCGAUCAACGCUUCUUUCGCCGUUCAAGUUCUCGAUCGGACUGUGCGGAAGCCGGACUUUGUGGGUCUCUACCCUCAGAACGUGACUAUCAUGGAGGGUUCAACAGCCCGUCUUCAGUGUCGCGUCAUUAGCGACACUCCGCUCUUUCUCCAGUGGCUCAAGAGACUCGAUCGUCUUUCCCCCUAUGAGGCUCAUCGUCAAGCAGUUGCCGGAGUGGACAACGGUCGACCCGACUCGGAUGGUGUCCUACAGUUCGAAGGAUGGAGGUACCGGGUGCUGCGAUCCGGCCACCCAGCGUUCCAGGCCGACGACGGCUCCUAUCUGGACAAAUUGGCCCUGGAUAACGUCCACGUCGCCCACAGUGGCGUCUACAUUUGUAUAGCCACCAACGAGGCCGGCUACCAGUACCGAGAAGCCAGCGUCAACGUCAUCUCAGGUUCUGGCCGGCCGUUGGGAGACGUGUCAUCGUCGCCGGGAAUGGGCGUUGGCAGCGGGAGUGAUCCGGCCAGCAGCGGUGGGAUGCCGACAGUGGUCGUCAUCGCCUUGGUGGUGGGCGCCGGAGUCGUCCUGGUGCUGAUGUGCGGCAUUACUUACUAUUUCAAGUCGGAGCGACGGAUGCGUGCGAGGAAAGAGGGUGUGAUCGGAGGUGUAGCAACCCAUCAUCAACGCCAUCCCCAUCACCAGCGCGAGAUCAAGGAUCUCAGUUUGACUGCCCCCUGUUUGCCCCGUGGCGGAGAUCAUCCGCCGCCGCCCACGCAGCCGCCCCAGCCGCCGGAUUCGGCACCGAUGCAUCAUCGAUUCCAGCCGCAGCCGCCCAGCUGCAUGCCAUAUUCAGUGGUGCAGACUCCGUUCAUGGGAACCAUUCAGUUGCAGCAGCAGGAGAUGAUGCGCCUCCAUCACGGGAUCAACAACGGUAGCGGCCGCCAAUCGGGAAUGAGGUCGUGCCAUUCGCCUCUGGUCGGCACGGCAACGUCGUCCAGUGGAACCGCCGGAAGCAGCAGCGGUGGACCGCUCUUUUUAGGCGGAGGCGGAGGGGGCAAUUGGAGUCACGUUUAUCGACCGCCACCCUGUGGCAGAUCGGGUGACCACAGCAACAGUUAUCCGUACCACCACGAAGCCGCCACUCUGAUGAUGGGACCACCGCCGCCGCCGUCCGAAUCUGAACACGCCUACGCCUCUGUGCACGGCCUCAGUAAUUACGAAGAUCUUCGCCCGGCUGCCGUUCCCAGCAGCAGUCUCAUCCGCCAUCCCCACGACCUGCGAAACAACAGAUUCCAAAGAAUCGAAAUGGUUUAACGUGCAGUUGUU